AUGAGCAUAUUACCGUCCACGCGCGGGAGAAUUUUAUUCGGAAUCGGUAUAGUCUACUUCCUGGCGCAAUACAUUUACGUCAGCUAUUACAACGAUCCGCGCCGCUACGACAAUCUGGUUUCCACGAGCAUGCAAGAAGACGUCUCGUCCACGAAUUCCGCGCCAAUUGCGCACCUAAACGUAUCCGGCGUUCAGACCAUGAUGGUGAGUACAAACAAUAUACACGCACAAAAACGAGUCGGGAACGUAUAGAAUCAGCUCCACACUGAGAUGUAAAAUUUAUCAUUAUGAUAAAUUAAUUAUAAAAAAUACCGAUAAUUUAAAAUGAAUAAACACAAAAAAAAAUCUUAAAAAUACUAAUGCUCUCAUUUAAAUAAUGCAAAAACAGUAGAGGGGUUUAAAUGUCCCCCUACGGCAUUCCUUAAAAAAUACAAUUUUCAAACACUGCAAAAUACGAUUAACAUGGAGUAAUCUUUUAGAUUCGAAACGAAGGCGAGGAAUUUAUUAGUUAUACAGUGAUGAUUAAAGUACGGAUUUUGAAGGCAUUUGCUUUUUUUUCUAUUGCUCUAAAACGAAGCUAUGUGAACAAAUUCAAUUUAUACUACUUAGAAUAAAAUGCAUGGCAUUUUAUUUUGCUUUUUGCUUUUUUGCGGUUUUUUGUAUAUUUAUGCUUUUUUAGGUAUUUUAGGUACUUUUUUUUGGUUUUAAGUUACAUUUUUUCAAAACGCGUUCUAAAUAAACAUAUUUGAUAAUGUUAAUAUUUAUUUUUAUAUUAUAUUAUGUGUUCCAAGGUCAUGGAUAACCCAAUCGAUAUUAUGUCAUGUUUGAUUUAUGGAUAUAUUUAUCGAUAUAAUUUCGACAAUGUGAUUCACUUACCAUGUGGUAUAUAGUAGAUUAAUUUAUCUUGAAAUGACAAUAAACAUAAAAAUAUGCUCUUGCUCUGGAAACCAUCUACUCAGAAUUACAGUUUAGUUUUUGUUGUAACACUGUAUAGUUCGUUUUUUAUGAAAUUUAUAAUGCCUUUUUUAUGUUUUUUUAGAAGAUUUAUACAGCUUUAUUGCUUCUUUUUUUUCAGUGCUUUUCUAUAAUUUUUUAUUACUUCAAAAUCAUUACUCUAGUGAUGAUUAUUUUCUUAUUCCUUUCUACCUUAUUUUAUUUUUAAUUAUGAACAAUCAGAAAUCAUUCAGAAAGUAAACUUUACCUAGAUGAUAUAUUUUAAGAAAAACAUUUUUCAUUCGUUAAUUUUCCAAGUGGUUUUCAUAAUAAUUGGGAAAAAACAAAAAAAAAUCGACGGAAAUAAAAUUUGAUAAAUUUUCAAUACCACGAUUCCUUUAUUUUAAAUUUUUACGGCCUAUGUUUUAUAUUAGAUAUAUUGCCCCAAUAGAAAAAAAAUAGACUCUUCUUGUUACAUUUUCAAUGUUGUUGGCGAGUACAAAAGUGGUUUUUUGAUUUUCCGUGUAGUUUUUUUUAAUAAUUGAGUGAAACCGAAAAAUAAUUGAAGAAAGAAAGGGAAAUUUUCGAAAAUUAUUCAUAGAGACUUAAAAUUAGAACAAAUAACUUAUAUUUGCUUUUUCUAGACGUGGUAAAAUUUUCAAAACAAUUAAGACAUUUUUAAACUAUUUGUAUAUAAAUUUUAAAUUUAUGAAUUGUUUAUGUAAUUUUUAUUCGGUAGUUACUUUUUGGAUAAAUUGUUAGACUAAACAGAAAUGUUUGAAAAUUUAACUGAAGUUUCAUUAUAAGUCGUAAUUUAUAGGAAAAGGAAAAAAAGACGGACAUACUUCGCACGAUCGGUGGACAAUUCUUUAGGUGAGGAAUUGGGAAGGUAGGAUAUAGGAAGGGAAUGUAAUGUAUAUCUCUAUGCAAUGAUUAAUCAUACGAUUCUGGGAACAGUUCGGUUAUAUAUGUUUUAAAAAGCCGUAAUUUUUUAGGAUUGUCGCCAAAAAAUGAGAUUCAAAUUCGUGGAUAUAUAUAAAAAAAAAAUACUACAUUAAACUCACAUUUUUCUUCUUGACCACUAUAAGUACAAUUACAAUGUACCUACUGUUAAAUUUUCAACCAUUCUGCUUGGUCUAACAAUUUUAUCUACAGAAUACCUACUAAAUAUAAAUUACGUAAACACCAAAUUAAAAAAUUUGACCACGUCUAAAAAAGACAAACAUUAGUUUUCUGUCGAAAUUACAAUUCUCUACGAAUAUUUUUAACUGAAUUAAAACAAAAUGGAAAAUAUUAAAAUCAUUAUUUUCGUACAAUUUUUCGAUUUUUCCUAAUUAUUUUUAAGACGGCUUGGAAAAUCAAAAAAAUAGCCUACUUCUUAAACAAAUAGAUCCGAAAUUCAAUAAAAAGGACACUUGUCAAUUUUCGAUUAGAUCAAUUUUUCUAUUUGAAAUAUUGUUAAAACAAAAAACCUAAAAUCAUAGUAUAAAACCAAUAUAUCACUCCAAUAUAUCCCAAUAUUCCGCCUCUGAUCUAAAAUUGUUUUUUCCAUUGACCUCGUAUUAGGGCAUUUUCGAGCAUUUAUCAAGUACUUUAUAGAUAGCUGUUCAGUUGGUACGACAUGCUGUUCUUUUCACAAAAUAAAUGCGCGUAAAUAACCAAAAUUACACAUUUUUUUUUCAUCCGUUUUACUGAGGUAAUUGUUUAGAAUUACACAAAAUUACAAAACUGAAAUUUUCGAACUAUAAGGCCAACAAUUCAGUGUCAACUGCACCAUAAUAACAUUGUAUUCCGCAUAAAAUAAACUCUCAGAGUCUAAGAUAAUUACAACGGAAUAUGACGAGCACAUACUACGAGGUAUGGCUAUUAAAUAACGAGACUGGUUACGAAAAAGUGUUUUAUUAUAAAAGUUAUUACUCGUUUUUUUCACUACCCGUCUAGGGCGCUCUCUAGGCGAGCAGUCUCGUUAUUUAAUAGUCACACCUCCUAUGUAUUAUAAUAUCGUUAUUCUUCUACUCCUUCUAGAUUACCUAAGUUUGAAAAUGUGAACGCAAAUAUUGUUUAUCCGGACGACAAAGUUUUAAUUUAUAUUUUCAUUGGAACGAAAAAAAAAAAAAAAAAAAACUUUUAAUUACUUAUUUAUUAAAAUGUUUUCCUCUCUAUUAUACUUAUGCUCCCAUCACUUGACCCUCUUUUUUUCUGCAGCCAGCCUAUUGUAGUAUCUUAAAAUAAUAUGAAAGUUUUUCGUUUUCAAACAUAAGGAUGAAGCGCAAUCGACAGAACGCCGGGGCAGGUAUACACGUUCGGGGGAUAAAGUAUCUGAAAGUUUCUCCGGCCAGCGGUUGUAGAGUUUGCAAGUAUUAUACCUACGCAGUGUUUUCAAUUCGAUUAAAAUUCGUAUAAGACACGUAUUAGAUCUUCGUCUGUUAUUAUUUUCUGCGUUUCGGUGAAUACGUACGUUGAAAAAUAAUUGAUUAUCGGCACAAUCGCUUCGGGUCAAACGAUCGUUAUCCAAUUUGUAAAAGAGGUUUAAACAAGCAAAACGGUAGAAAAAAAAAAAAAAGAAUCAUUAUAUACGUUUCUGUUGUUUUCGUUUAAUCAAAUUUAAAUCAAUUAAUUAAAACUACAAAAUGUUUCAAUUUCAAACUUUGUGUGCGAGCAAACAUAUAAAUGUAGGUUUUUUAACGAAACAUUACUAUUUUAAAUCAUUUACACCGAUAUGUUUAUGAUGUUUUGUCAUACAGCCUACAACACAAUUAAACUAAACAUUUUUAGUUUGUUUUUCAUUAACAACAGCGGUUUUUUCGGUUCGCGUUAUCGUAUUAUUAUUCAUCGAACAGUAUAUUUCCGCGAUCGUGUUAGAAAAUUGAUAAACGUUUAUUAUAAUUGUUAAUAGUUGUUCGACUUAUGGUCGGGAACGAUAGUUUUGCGAAUGCCAAUCAUCUCGAGUGUUAAAUAUUGUAACCUGCAAUUUAUAAAAGUCCUCGUAAUGUGUCGGAAUUCGGAAAUUCGUUUUAAAAAUAAUGUUCUUUACUAUUGCUUUUUUUUUCGCUCGCCAUACGGAAAGUUCGUUCGAUUUUUCAAGUCUGCGUUUUAAAUGGGGGUGAGUGAAAAAAUAGGUCGUUUUUAUUGAAAGAAAAAAAUAAUGUUUUUUUUUUUUUUUUUUUAAAUGCAUGUUUCUCUCCGUAAUAAUUAUUACAGCGCGAAUAAUAUUAUAACGUCUCGUUUUUAGCAAAUCCGGCACGUUUUUCGAGUACUGUUUUUGACGUGUAUUAUGGGUAUAAAAUAUUAUUACGUAAAAUACCGCGUGUCGGGUUGCUGCAGACAUUUCUAUUCACUGCGCUGGCCUUCAAUGCCGCCUGCUGGUCCGGUGUCAUUUCCGUUUUAGGGCGAUGUAAAAAAUAGUAUUUGCGACGACGACGACGUGCAAGACGGCGAAGUUUACGCGUCGUUCGUCGGUCGGAAAUUGGCUAUUUUUCCGACUGCUCCACGGGCAUCGAAAAUUGAUGAGCUUUUCUCCGUGGGUACAUAUAGAACGGCACGCAGACGCGACGAAGCAAUAACUAUCUACGUGGGCGUUACGUACGAUUUUUACGUUUUUCAACGUUUUACGUAAACGUUACAACUGUAAAUUCUUUAGUAAAACAAUUUGUUUGUUACUAUUAAAUAAAUAUAUACGCAUCAAAAGCUGCAUUAAUAAAGUCAAGAGCCUUGAGAAAAAUACUUAGCUUUUGAGUUAACGAACUAAUUGAAUUCCGAAAUUUAUGUUUAUUGAAUACACAUUAUUUUUAUUUUUUUUUUUUGAAAAAGUACAAUAGAUAUUGUAUUACUAUCGUAGCUUUGGGUUAUUGCUUGUCUUAUGGACAAUAAUAUUUGCAUGAUAAAAAAAUAUAUAGUAGAAAAUAACACACUAUAGUGAAAGAGGUCUACUGCUCACGAGUGUCAUUUUUUUAAAAUUUUUAUUUAUGUUACGAAUUAGACAGGUGGACGUGUUGACCAAUUGUCAUCGUAUUUUUAUUAUUUGUAUUAAUAGUAAUUGAAGAUAAUAAUACUUAGGUAGGUAAUUAAUUAGAUAGUUACAUUUUAGUAUUGCUAAAAUUUAAAUUAUUAUUUUGAUUAUAAUAUGUUAGAAGCAGCCGGUAUAUUAGGUUGAGGGCAACUGGUUAGAUUUUACUCUAGGUAGUUUGGGGGCCAAUUGGUAAAAAAAAAAAAAGUUCUUUUGAGGGCAAUUAUUAGUACAUGCCAGUCCAUGUACUUUGUGGCUUGGUUAAUGAUUUUAUAUAUUUACAAUAGUAAACGCAUUUAACUAAUUAAAUUAAAAACGUUAAUUAUUUUUAGGUAAAAAAAAUUCGUAUAUUCUUUUUUUUUUUUCUUUAGAUUUAGAGCGUAUUUUUUUGUAAUGUUUAUCACACUUUAGGUAGGUAAUAGUUUACUUUUUAAUUAUACCUAUACCCACCAUAGUUGUGGGCGCCUACCUGCUUACUAAUGAAUUUAUGAACGACUUAACCUACAUUUUGAUCACGGGUGGAUGGGGAUGGAUACGGAUCUGAAAAAAAAAAAAUCGGUAUUGAUUAGUAACUGCAGAAGGAUGUGUUCAAAAUAUUUUCAUAAAAGCUAUUCAAUAAUAUUAUACUAAUAGGAGCUAUGCUGAUAGGAAUAUAAUAUUAUUCAUAUUCUACAAUUUAAACAGAAAAAAUCGUUUCCACGAAAUUAUUAAUGAUGUUAAAAAUGGUUUUAUUUUUUCAUAAAAACUAACAACAAAAUCUUUUCGUAUAUUAAUAUUAAUAAAAAUCAUAUUAUAGGUAUGAAAUGUGCGAGUCUUAAAACAAAUAAUGUAAUAUAUUAUAUUAAUUUACCAGCCGAAUGUAAUACACAAAAAUAAUAAUAGUUGUUAAAUAUUAAUCUUGUUUCAAUUAAAAAACCACACGGGACCUUUUUUGAUGCAUUUUGAAUCUAGAUAGUAAUAUCUAAGUCAUUUUUUUUAUUUCCCGAGUAGUUUUCCUAAUAAUUGGUCAAUAAAUCGGGAAAAAUCUGAAAGUAUACGGAAUAAUAACAGUUUCAUUAUUUUAAAUUUUGUUAUAAUUCGGUUAAAAAUAUUCGUAGAGAUCUGAAAUUUCCACAGAAUAUUUGUAUUGGAGUUUUCCAAUGCAAAGGUAAACAAGGUUUAGACAUUUGGACAAUUUUUGAAUUAUUUGUAAGCAAUAUUUUGAGUUUUUUUUGUAAUUUUGUUUUGGUAGGUAUUAUUAUGGAUACAAAUAUUUGAUCAAACAUAAAUGAUUUAAAAUUUAACUCGAGAUUCAUUAUUAGUUGUAUUAGUCAUCAAGAACAAAAUUGAGGGUAAUAUAUAAAUUAUAUAUUUUUUUACAAGCUUUUUAAGAUAUAUUUUGACGGCUUUUCAAAUCAUGUGUAAAUAAACUUUACUCAUAAUCGUUCUUCGUUAGCAAUGAUUUAUCGUUGUUUACAGACAUAAAUGAAAUACAUUUAUGUAUCCUACUCUUUUAACUUCACACAUACGACAGUUGCACACUCGUCCCCAAGAUCUGCUUUUUUAAAAUUAUUCCUUAUAUCGUAUCUAAUAACAAAUAUAUGGAUAUUAUACUAUAUAACCUAAAGUUGAAUUUGUCUGAUGUAAAAUAAGACUAAUGUGAACUCUAGGAUUCAUUAAGUGGACACGUUAUUCUUUUCAAGACUAUCUAGCAUUAUAAUCCCUAUACUGUUCGUUAAUUCGGUUUAACCUGGAGCGUUCUCUUUUAAUCUGGAUUAACAAUACGACAAAACAAACCAAAUCUAUUGAAUCAGUACAACAUUGUUUUUUAGUAUUUAUUGCAAUCAAAUUUGAUAUCUUUAGUGCUAUACACUAUAGUUCAUAUACUAAUGUGUUAAACUUCCUUAAACUCAUUUAAUGAAAAACAGUUUCGUAUCAACUUACUUUUACCCAUACAUACAUAACAUCGUAAUCAUAUACCUAUGACAUCACUCUUAUCACAUACUAUAUCUACUGGUAUACUUAUUUCGUGAUCAUAUUCCUGUGAUUAUUAAAUAUUUUUUUUUUUUUUUUUAUAUCCAAAUCCUGUGUUAUAUUUAUAAGACGGUCGUCCAACCACGAUCACGAUCCCACACACGACCAAUAUAUACCAACACACACAUACACACAACCAACAAAAAAAACAACUGAGAGAGAUACGAGUAGUUUAACCUCACUUUGAGACCCAUGUACAUGGUUGUAUAUGGGUGAGUGGUCGUUUUUUAUUCCUGAAAAACAUGCUAAACUGACCUAAACAAACCUAUACUUAACUAACCUAAUAUUGCAUUUUGUAUAAACCUAGGCUUAACCUAAGCUCUUGGGUAUAAAAGGUGUUAUUUAUUUAAAACAUAGAAUUGUUGAAAUUAAAAACCAAACCUAUAAUAAACUAACCUGACAUUAUGUUUUGCAUUUUUUAACCUUACCUAUGGUUUCCAAUAGGAGGAACUAGAAUGGUUAUAAUAUUAUGUAAUGCACAUGCUUGUAUUGCUCCUAAUAUAUGUCGAUGGUUACCGAAGAUGCUUGAUGGUUGUAAAAUAACCGAUCUUGUAAAUUGCGAAGGACCAAACAGUAUAUUAGUUAAAAAAGAAAUAUGCGGAUUAUUAUUAAUCUAUUUACGAGGUCAAUUUUUUAAAUUCCGUUUCUGCUCGACACGGAGUAUAAGCAAAAUUACCUUAUUGUUUUGAUACUACAAACAAGAUGGACCAACGAAUUAUACUAGUCAUUGGAAUGGAAUAUUUGGACAUUAUAAAUAAAAAAUAUAAAAAUCCUAUAGUUAUUCCAUACAAAGUGGAACAGACAGAUGUUAAAUUGGACGUUUUGUUAAAAGAACUUCCAGAAAUUUUAGCACAGCUUCGAAUGAAAAAUUACUAAAAUAAUAAUCUUAUGGAUUUAGGCAUUACGCAAAAUUAUGUAGACGUAUUUAACAAAACGGAAAUGGCUCGUUGUCUAACAAUCACAAUUUUUGUAACCAAGGAGGAGAGUACGAAGAUAGCAGAAAUAUAAUUGGAGGUAAUAACAAAUCAGUUGGUGUAGAUUAUUUAACAUGGUUAAAUUCAAAUGCCAGAGUUAAAAUUUAUAGUAAAUUAGUGUGUCAAAUUGCCGGUUCUGAAGUUAACAAACAGAUCGGUAACCAUAUUAUCUAUCGACUUUAUCAACUAUCCAGAUAUACGUCUAAAGGAAACAUUUUCUUCUAAUCCAGCAAGAGAGCAUGGCAUAGCAAGAUUGGAGGCGACAAUAUAUAACUAUACUGUUGGAGAUUAUUAUAAGAUAGGGGGCGUAUUUAAACUACUGAAAGAUUGUUGAAAAAUAGUAAAACGUAUUUCCAAGAUGCGCCAUUUUAUUCGGUGUUGAUUGUUAAAAUGUGGACAAAAUAUGACAGAGAGUUUAAAGAAUAGCUAUUGCGGUGUGUUUAAUUAUUGUACACAUAUUGAGGUAAUUUAAAUAUAAACAAAUUAAUUGGAAUACAAAUUAAAUUAUCCAAUAAUCGAGAACAAAGGGGUGAGAUCAUAAAACAUACUCUUUCUGCGUAUAGUUUUAACUGUUUACCUAUAAACUGUAUAGAAGUCGUGGAGGACGAAGCAAACAAAAAAAAACAUUAAUAAGAACAAUUGUACAAACAUUUUAUAUUAAAGCUGGCGAAAUGUUUUUCUCCAGAUCCGGGACUAGUUUCUCCACCAUUUCGAAGGAAGUAAAUAUCGAGGACACUGGUUUGAUCAAAACUAACUAUGUUUUUUCCAGAUUCUAAGGAAAAGAUCUAACAUAACCAAUAAACUGUCUCUGUAUACAAUAAAAGAAAUAGACCCACUCUCGUCUGUAUACGUAAAAACUGCGGAAAAACGAAAAUUAGAAUUGGAAAAAAUAAAUACGAAAAAAGAAAAAUAAACUGUUUGUCAAAGACAAUCUCCAAAGUGUAUACUUCUUAAAAGGUUUUUUUUAAUAAUAAUAAAUUUGUUUAUAAAUAUUUACAACACCAGAGAAAAACUUUAAGAAGAACGUUAGAAGAUACGUUUUAAUUUCAUUUAAAGAAAUGGAAUUAAUAGUCCUCCCGACAGAAUAAACUAUUAUAAAAUUUAAUACUAAUGGAGUAAUUACAUUUAAUGGCAAUUUGUUCGCAAUGGUAGAAAAUGUUCAAUUUUUCUCGGAUACAUUACGAGACACCUUUUAAUCAAAACGAUAAACAACAAGUCGAAGAAAUAACCAUGUAAGAAAUAAAAAUCGAUGUUAAAGUUACACAGUUUCGGCGUUUGAAGAAAUACCGGACAAAUCGGGAUUAGUCAUAAUUGAAAUCAAACAAAUACGUUAGAGAAACAAUUUAUGUAUAAGUUACAUUAUGUAUUACAGUUAGAUAACCUGAUUUCAUUGUGUGUGUAAAAUUUCUGAUUGGAGAAAGAAACGUCAGAUGUUAGUAUAGAUUUAAAUUAUAAGAUAAACCAAAAAAGGUAUGUAUGCUGAUAAGCCUGAAAUCGAUAUUAAAUCACUGAAUGAAAAAUUAGACAAUCUAAUAAAUCAAUUUUCUUUAAUUGCGACCACUGUAGAUGUAGUGUAUGUAACAAGUUAUUAAUAAGUUUAUCACUGGAUUAGGAUCCAUUUUUGAUCUAGAAUACAGAAUAUUGAAACGUUUACACCAAUGAAAAUACCGCCUUCAUCAAACAAUGCAGAGUCCACCGAACCGAUGGAAAAUAAAAUAAAAAACGAUUACAAAUUCGACACCUGUCGAUACACCUAACAAUGAUUAAGAAUAUCAUCGAAUAGAGGAUUACGUAGAAUAAAUAUUUGACGUAUAGUACUACUAACGAAUCUACCAUCCAAAUUCAGUUCAAACAGAUUCGUUGUGUGUGAAAGACGUGUUUAACAACGUCUUCCGUUAUUUUAGAUAUUCAAUGCGUUUUACGGUCGGAUGACAUAUAUCUGAUAAAAAAAAACGUCUACAGUCAACACAAAUACGUGGGCAACUCAACAUCGGAUAUUCAAACAUUCGCCAGCCGCUUAAAAUUUUAAAAGCUCCAUGACUAAUAAGUGACUUGAACGUAAUAUCCAUCAAAUGGCGUUAAAGUUUGGGAAUCGGAGCGGAUAUCGAAUUCACUAAAAUUUGAACGCCUUUACGUUAAGGGAGAACAGAAUUAGCGACAAUUAAUGAACGAUAUUAUUCCACUAGUUGACGUCAUUAAUAUGGAGAUCAUGGAGUGUCCACGACUAGACUAAUUAUGCACCGACGACAAUUUACUAUGUUGUAUUUUUCAUAUAGAUUCGAAUCCGAAACAAUGUACAUUUUACAAAGUGUUCGCCUUACGAAAACGCUUAAUUAAUAACUCGUAAUGUUUUUAAUAUUUUUAUAAAUAUAAGAAUAGAUAUUAUGUGACCUUAGAUGUGUGUGUGAAUAUUUUGACUAAAUUUAACAAUUUGUUUUUAUUUAAUAUCAUAUGUGUGUUUAAAAAUUUCAACAGCAUUUUAUUAACAAAGUGUAUGAGUGUGUGUUGGUAAGUAUAUGCGAAAGAUAUGGGUCGUUAUCGGCCUUUGUACCCACAUGUGCGCGGAGACACGCCCGAAUGCUGCUAUUAUAUUUCGUAUAGGCAUGCGAUUAUAAAAAUGUUUUGUUCGCAACGGAGGGUACGGGUAGAGGGUCAGCGGGGGACGCGAGAGCGCUCGCGGAGGUCCUAUAGGUAAUCGACAGUGGGUAGAUGGGCGGGGGAGAGAUGGGACGUUAUAGACUCCAGGGCUGAUGGGUUCGCACCGGUUCGUCGUCGUCGUCGUCGUCGGUUUUGAUUCGCAUAGGUAAAGUAUCGUCUUGACGUCGGCGACCGACAGUAGACAGAGGUUAUGCGGGGCGACGCGAGCGCGCGGGCUGCCGCGGAAUAAUCACGACCUUUGUGCCCGCAUGUGCGCGGACUCGCGCGUAACGGCGACACCAAUGAUUAUAUUUCAUACCCAUACGUUGCAUUGUUGUUAAAAAUGCUCGUAUCUUUGCACCGUGCGACGAGCAUAAGCAAUACUUAUAAAAUACUAUUUUCGAAUAGAGGUACCCGAGAUCGGUACAUAGUAUGAUAAUCCCGUCAUCUAUGGAAACGAUUUUACACGUAGGUACUCUAAUAAUAUUACGAAACCGAUGUGUCGUACGAUGCACCGAUGAAUCGUUUGAUGAAUCGUGUUAAAUUCAAUCAGUAUUAAAAACGGUGAUACAAAAUAUUGUUAUCGAUGCCCAUGUAUAUUGUAUUAUUCGCUUAAAAAAUACACUGGUUGGUGAUACAGGUAUAUGGUACUAUUAUUAUCGACGAAAAUAUUGUUUUCGGGGACGAUCGUGUAGGUAUUACGGCGAUAGCGUGUAGGAAAAUGUGUAUGUGUAUAUGUAUGUGUAUACGUAUAUGUGUAUGUGUGUAGGUAGAUAUGGGUUGUGUAUGUGACCGUGAUCGUGGCUUCCGAAUUUGCGACUAAUAUGAAAAAAAAUAUAUUAAAAGUGGUCGGUAAUAUUUGUGCAUGAUCGUGAUUGUAGUUGGAUGAUCAUGUUAUAGGUAUAGCACAGGAUUAAAAAAAAAAAAAUAUUUAAUAAUUACAGGUAUAUGAUAACGAAAUAAGUAUAACAGUAGGUAUAGUGUGUGAUAAGAAUGAUACAGUAGGUACAUGAUUUCGAUGUUGAUGUAUGUAUGUGAUAACAGUAAGUAUAGAUAGGAGUAAUUCGAGUAAGUAGCUGAUAAUAUAGACGUAAAAUUAUUUGGACGUGCUCAAAAUAGGUCGAGUACGUGGUGCGUAUGUAGAAAAUGUUUGAAAAAAAAUAUUUUGAAGAAAGGUGGGUGGGAGGAAAUAUAGGUCGAUGAAGAGGUGGACAAAGUAUAGCAUCAACUUAGGCUCAGAAUUGGCUUAGGAUCGGCUUAAGAUUUGAGCAAGAUUAAAGCAGGAACCCGCACAAGACCGUGGUUGGGCGGCCAUAUUAUAGGUAUAGCUCCCGCACAAGAAUGAUCGUGCUCCUGCUCCUGCUCCUGAGUUAUAACCGGCCUUUUCAUACUACUAAGGUCCUUGGUUAUAAUUGUAUUGAUUAUUCUAUAUUUAAUAGGUGUUCCAUAUUUAUUUAUAAUUAUUAUGUUACCUUUUGCUGUGAUUAUGUUACUAUACAAUUUCAAUCAUUUGCAUUUAUGGAUCUGAAGCUCAUUUGAGAUGAACUCAUAAUAUAGGCACUUAAAAACACCAUAACUAAAAAGACGAAUUUCGGUAGAGGGAGUUCAACACUUGUUUAAUUUACCAUGCAAUCAUGUUUUGUGAGUCCAAACGUGCGUCAUAGGACGGGCCCCUCUUCGUCCGUUUGGUAUGGUCUUGGGUACUUACAUUAUUCAUUUAAGAAUUUCGAAAAAAAAAAAAAAAUGAUAAAACGUCACCCUGCCUUCAAAUCCACCACUAAGUAUUUAUCUUGUAUAGUAUUAAAUGUCUAGAAUUUGAAGUAAACCGUCAGGGUUUUGCGUCAUUCCGCGGAAGUUUAAAAUAAGUUUGUUAUGGUACAUAUAAUCAAACGUUACGGCUAUAACGUAUAUACGAUUAAGUAUGUUAAGUGCUCGUGUGUGCGGAUUGUUUGUAUAUUAUUGUGCCGUUAAACUUACGGUUAACAAUUUUCGCAGCGGUAAAGUUAUAUCGAUCGCGUUAGUAUGUUAUGGAGUAAAUAAUAUCUUGCAUAGGUAUACGGUCUAGAUAACUGAUCGCCGGAAACCGUACCUGUAGCUGAAAUGAAGUAAAAUUGUAUGCCAUACAUACAUACUACUACUACUACUACUGCAUAAUAUUAUGUUGGUAUUCAAAGAAAACCACGCGGCGCAUUAUGUUUUUAAUUAUAGAUUCUGAGUGCAGCGAAGCUUAAAUUAUUUCAGUAAGAUGUGGGUUUAUCACUCAGAAAACACUUUUUAGAUAAGUAAAAACGAUCACAUUGUUCACGCUGUGCCUCAAAAGAUAUGGUAAUUCCUACCAGCAGUACUUAGUUUUAAUAAUUUUUCUAGAUUUCCAACGGUUUUUCGAAAAAAUCUAAUAGAAAAUGACACGACUAAUACAAUAUCGUUCGUUUACCAGUUUAACGAGCUCAGCUCAGAAUCGUUUUUUUGAUAGUGGUAUUAUUGAUUUUAGUAAAUAAACUAAAUUACCCAAUUUUAUACUAUUCCAUCCCGAUUUUCUACCUAUAACAGCACCCAUGAUGCGUAGUAUAUCCAGUUUAUACAAUUAUUAUUGAUAUACAUUAAAAUAUGACGAUUAAACAUUCUUCUGUUCGGGUAUUUUUAAGUGUCUGGUUAGAAACUUAAAAUGUUCCAUUUAACUUGUACUACUAAGUCACAUUUAUAUCUGACCGUACUCGUUUAAUUGUAGACAAUUAUUAUUCUACAGAAAAAAAAAUGAAUAAAACUUGAACAAUAACGUUGAAAAAUUAAGUUAUACAAUUGUUGUUUUGUUUUGUUUGUUUUUUUUUUUUUUUUUUUUGUGUGUCCUUUAGCAUUUUUGUUCGUAUAAUAAAGUAAAUCUUUCUGAAUAUUAUUUAUGUAAGAAAAAACCUCUUUUUAACCGUUGGAUUUCUGAACCGUGAACAUUAUGGUACUUUCCGUUAAUUCGUAGAUUACCUAUGAAUUACUGAAUUGAUUAAAAAUAACCAAGUGCUUAAUACUCGUGUUCGGUUUUACAAUUAUUAUUUAUUUGUAUCGAUAUUAUGUAAACUCUGCUGUGUACACCGUUGUUUUAAUAUGAACAUAGAUAUAUUUUACAUGUUUGUGUUGCACAGUUAACGCAUAACCGUAUAGUAUUAUAUAAUAUUGGUAUUAAUAAAACAAACAUUGGGAAUGAAAAAAAAAAAUCAGAAGUUUUUGUUGUUUUGAAAAAAAGUACCUAGCUAAAAACUGUUAAUGCAAUAUAUUUCAUGAAACGCUUGUAUGAACACAGCGUUCAUAAUAAUAUUAUACAAAAAAAAAAAAAAAAAAAAAAAAAAAAAAAAAAAAAUGAAAAAAAAGAGAAGGUUAUUGUUGUUUCUCGAAUCAGGACAAUCAUAAAAUAAUAUCGCGAUCAAUUUUAUUAAAAAACAAAAUGUUUUUGUUUUUUUUUUUUCAAUAUAAUUUUCUCGAUAGAAGUACGAGGAAUAAAUUCGAAAAUACACUUUUCUAAUUUGCUGUUUGUAUUUAUUUUUCCACUCAUUGAUUUGAAUCAUUUUAUUUUAUUUCUGUGUAGAAUACUGAUUAUCCAAUAUAUAUAGUAUUUUAUUCUCCUUUUUUUUUUUUACUAUCGUAAAUAGCACUUAAAAUUUCAUUUAAAAAUAUGAUACGAGCUUGAAGGUCACUAAUAUAUAGCCACUCAAAUUAUUAAGUUUAAUUUCCUAAAAAUAUUCUUAAGUAUAAUUGUUGAUCAGAUUGUUAUUACUUUAAUACAUUUACACUGAUCGGUUGGAGAAAAAUAAUAGAUACCUCUUUGUUUGAAUUGAUGUGUACAUGUGUAUGCGUGUGUGUGUGUGUGUGUGUGUGUGUGUGCUUUUAUGGACAAAUUAAUGUGAAAUGCGAAAGUUAAAGUUAAAGAGCAUUUGUGGAAUGUUCAUACACGGACCUUUUUAUAAUUAAAUUAAAAACUAAAUGCACGUGAUUUAUACUUCAGGGCAUUAACUGUUUCUAAAGUUACUAUAAUAUUUUUCGAUAAAACUAUGUUGCAGUAAUUCUGUACCUAUUGCAUGUAUGCAAAUAAUAAUUUAAAAAAAUAAGAAAAAAAAAAUAAUCUAUACCGGAAAUCGGCGUAACCAGGGGCGGAAACCGGUUAAUAGAUCAUUUUAACGAUUUAUCUUAACCGAUUACCAAUUACCGGUUUUAAAAACCAAAACCAAAACCGCAAAUUUUAUUUUGGUUUCAGGCCCUGGUUUAUUUAUUUAACGUAAGUUAAUACCUAUUAUAUUGUUUAUGAAAGUUAUUAUUUUAUAAUUUUAUUUUAAUAGAACUAAAAAGGCAUAAGUUACAAUUGUCUUUAUGUUAUUUCAAAUCUACUAAUUGUUAUUAAUUAGUAAAUAAUAGACUCGAGAUUUUUUUUGAUAUUAUAAAUUAUUUGUAUCUAGUAGAAAAAAUUAUGAUGUGUAGUCAAGUAUAAACCCAAAUGAAAAGGUAUUGUAUUAAAAGUUAAGCAUUCUUUUUUUUAUACAUAAAAACCGAUGUAUGAGUGGUUAAGAAAAAACGUUAAUAGUUAACCAGUUUUAAAAAUCGAAGACUUUUAUAUUGAUUAUCAUAACCGGUGAACAAAACCGUCAAUAUAAAAAAUCGGGUUUUAAUAAAUGCUUAUAAAUAGAUCGAAAUCGAUCGAAUCUUUUGAACAUUUUAUAGAAAACGAUAAAAUAAUAAAUAUUCAGUUAGUGGUUAUAUUAUAUGUUUUUAUAUUUUAUUACAGGUAAAUAAUAAUAAUAAUGAUAUCCAAAAUAAGCAAAUGCAAGAUAAACGUCUACUCGCACUGUGUCCUCAAACUCCGCCCGGCUUGAGUAAGUUUACAUGAUUUGUAUGGAUUUCUUUUUUUUUUUUUCAGUGUGAAACGAGUUGAAUCAUCAGAUCAAUUGAAAUAUUAGUUUGAAACGCAAAAGAGUAAUAAAUGAUGCAAUCGCUUGUGCGCACGUAGACACGUAAAAGUUUAAUUCAUCAAACAACGACGUAAAAAAUGUGCUAAUUUAACCGUAUGAAUUAGUCACGUCAAUUAAGACGAAAUUUCAAUUUCAAUACACUCGUUAAAUAUAUAUAAAUAUUGAACGUUGAUGUUAUUUUUCAAUUCAUAUACAUUAUAAAUUACGAGUUUUAAAAUGAUAACGUAAUAUCUUCUUACUUUUUCUUCUACUUUCCUUUACUGGCAUACCCAGUAUACUGUUAAAGACUUUUUCCGUUAUAAUUCCGUUAUAUUCGGUACGCUUCGUCGUUUAUAACUUCAACUUUUCGUUUUACAACUCUCAAACAUUUUAAAUCUUCUUCAUCCCUCCGUCAACCCAUCUUUCUCACUGUCUCUAUAGAUAUCUUCUUUCUUAGGAUUCUCAUUUGAUUGCUGCCGUAGUUGUUCCGUUUUAUCCUCCCUUCAUUAAAUGACGUAUUAUUUAACCGUUGUGCCCUUUGGCACUUAACAAAACUUGCCACUGGUGUUAGUGCCACCACACCGUACAACUCUCCGUUCAAUCUCCUUCACCAGUCUCCAGUCGCUUCAUCGAGAGAGGGGUUCACACAUUUUCCUUUGUACUUUAUGCUCGAAUGUUUUCGAUCUUUUUCUUUUCAAGCCUCGCAACCGCAAAUGAAAGUUCCGUAUCUAAUCUCAGACGCGUUAGAGGUAUUUAAUCAUCUUUAUUAACUCAAACUUUUAUUUUUCCUUCUGGAGAACGUGAGAGACAUUAAAUAUAAUUAUUGAUGAUCGAAUCGAAUACGUUCUAGUUGAAAACGUGACUAUGGAAAAUAUAAUUUGUUUGGUUUUUUUUUUUUAACGCCCUUUUUCGUUGAAUCGAUAGUCAGUAAAAAGAUAAAAACUGUCAUUCCCGUUUCCGAAUAUAUAACGAGAUUAUGUAAUAUUAGUGGUAUAAAAUUGAUCGGUGUUAAUAAUAAUAAUAUUUUUCGCAUUCAUAGUGACGUAGGUACACUUAAUUACCUACCAAUAAUAUUUUUAGAUUCACCGGAAGCAACGAAAUUUUAUUAUUUUUCUCCUCUUCAAUUCCCUUAUAGCCGCCCGAAAACGUGCACCUCCGUCGAAACUUUUGUUGUUCAACAACAAAUAUUGGUGUUUUUAACAAAUAACCUUCGCUUCUGUGCUGCAAUGUUCUACAUUAUUAUAAAUUCGUUAUUAAAAAAGUCACAAAGAACGGAAUUAUUAUGGAACCUUACGCUCGCCUACGCCAUCAUGCCGCCACCGUAAAAUAGAUCACGAGAACCGUGUGUUUCGUAUUUGAAUUAUUACGGUUUUAAAACUACGUAAGGGGAAAUAAAACCCACAAGUGACAAGGAAAAAAAAAUGUACAUUUGAGAACAUCAUGAUAUUUCCCGUGUAUUUUGUUACGCCCUAGCUGUUGGGAAUUGGACCACCACCGGUGCAACACCCACGUAAAUAUUACUUAUUUAUUUUUCCCAACGUGUUGGUGUACAUAAUAUAUCAUGAAGUAAGCACAUUCCUUUGCGUUAGUUCGUUUGUCAUACAAAAAAAAAAAAAAAAAAAAAAAUUAUAAUAUUAAAAUAAAAAAAUUACCAGUACUCGGUAACAGUAAUAUAAUAUAAGUACAAAAAAAAAUGACAAUUGAAAAUACUAAACUAUUGGUGAUAAAAAUUAAAAAAUGUCAGUAUCGUAGUAGAAAUAGUAUAAAAUUUAAAAAAAAUCACAUAAUAUUAUCAAUGCGUUUUCGGAUAAAAAAAAAAAAAAACGGAAGUACCACCAAUAUAAAGAUCCACAAUGUUUAAAAUACGAUGCGAAUAAUUUUUAAAGCGUUUUUAUACUAACCGGAAAAGUGUUUCUCAAGAAAAAAACUAAAAAAAAAUAGGAACGAAAUGGGAUGAACUGUUGAACGUUUUGAAAAUUAUUCACCGUACGAGAAUUCAGCAUCUUUUAAUGUACUGCGUGAAAAAGUCUGAGUGUUUUUGCUCACCCGAAAAAUGUUUUCCGAGAAAAAAAAAACCGUAAUAUUAGCAAACCGAUUAUUACAUUAAAUUUGAUUAAAAAGCCAAUAUUAUUAUUUUUUUUUAUUUCAUAUAUACGUUCGAUUGUUUAGUUUUGUGAAAUAAAAUAUUUAUUUUUCCGGUUUUGUCCGGUCUAUUACAUACAUUCAAAACCGUCGCGGACAAUUUUAUCGCAUACGGCUGCAGCAAUUGCAACGAUAAGUUCUUUACGAAUUUCGAAAAAUAUUGAAUUUAACGUAUCUACUCGAACCUAAUUAAAAAAAAAAAAAAAAAAAAAAAAAAACUAUGCGCCUGUAUCGAGUAUUUAUGUGAAAAUUGAAUCUAUAAGACACGGAAACCACGCCUACACUAUACGCGAGCGAUAUUAUAAUACCGUAUAGCUGACCCGGCAAUGCUACCGCUAGAUUAAACAGCGUGAAUGUAAUAUUAAUAAUACAAAUAAUAAUAAUGGUUUUCUUGUCCUUGGCGAACAAAUCGUCAUUCGUGUCGCCGAGGUAACGCAUAAACAAACAAAAAAAAAAAAAAUCAAUAAACAAUUAGAUAUUUUUUUUAGAAAAUUCAUUAAAACCCUAUGUGAUCACCUCGGGGGUUGAAUUUUCCAACAACCUUUCCUAGCGAACGCCUACGUCAUAAUAGCUAUCUGUAUGGCAAAUUUCAGCGCCGAUCCAUCCGGCGGUUUGCGGGCUAGGCAAUGGCCAAUCGGUCGGUCGGUCGGUCGAGACAUGUUUUUAUACAGUGUGGUACAUAAGUGAGGCGGUCUGAGUGGUUCGAACAAUGCGUGUACGUUUCUCUACAGCUCCCCUCCGUCUCGUUGCGAUUGGAUUUUUCCACUGUUUAUUUAUUCAUUUAUUAUUAUUAUUUUAGAUUCAGCGAGGAAUGCAUUGGUUUUACAACGAUUUUUUUUUUCCGCGGACAACUUUUCUACCAGCAAUUUCGCUCCGAUUUACAAAUCUGAAAUAAAAUCCGACUGCGGCGGUACUUUAAGGCGGUCGUUUUUUCGAUUUGUCCAGGAGUUUUUCCAACAAAUGGGAAAACCGGGACAAUAGGUGCAACAUCAAACGAAUAUUAUUCAAGAAAAUUUAUAAUGCGUAUGCAAUUAUUUUACCAUAGCGUGGCAUAUAUAUUGUUGAAAAAGCGACACUAUCAACCGAACUCCGCUCUGAAUCGUUUUUUUCGUUAGCAGUGGUUUAUUGUUGCUUACAGGUAUACACUAAAUUUCUCUUCUACUACCUUCCCAGCUUCUCAUCGCAAUAACAGUGGCUGCACCCUGAUAUUCUAACACAGUUUUCUUUUGUUGAUGAUAACAUUUUCGACGGAAUUUUCGCGGGUCCUACUACGGCAUUUUUACGGAUUUCGUUUCCAUCGUGAAAAUAAAUCUUGCGUUUCUUAUAUGUAUACAUAAUAUAUUAUGGCGCAACGGUUAGGAGGUGGAAGGAACGUUCCCAAGGUGGGUGAAAAACAUGUUUUAAUUUCCGGUGCCAAUAUUAUUGAGAAGAAUUCGUCUGACUUUUGCGCUACAGUAAGUCACUAAAUUUUCGCGAUUUUCCGAACUCGACCGCGAAAAUCAAUUAUAACGAUUUAGCCCGUUACUACUUUGCGGCAGAUAGAACCGAAACGUUUUACCAGUUACCUUGUAAUUCGGUUAAAAGUAACCGCAAAGACCUGCCAUUUUCACAUAACAAUUAUAUUAGCAAUUUCUUGGGGGGUAAACAUUUUUAAUUAUCAAAAAGGCACUUGAUACCAAUAUUUUUUUUUCGAUUUUAUGCUAUUGUUUGAACAUUUAAAACGAGAUUUAUAACAAGUAUGCUCUCGGUGGAAAAACAAAUAUUUGAGCGUAAUUUAUUAUUAUUAUUAUUUUAUUUUUUUUAUGAUAAUUGGAAUAGUAAAUAUAACAGUACUUCGCGUAUUAUUUUUAGAAUUUUAUUUUAGGAGUAACUACAAAAAAAAAAAAAAAUUCAUCCUUACGCAGUCCUUUAAAUAAUUUUUUCUAAAUAUUUUUCGUUACCUAUGCGAAUUCAUUGUGUGUAGUAUUUGUUUUGUUCAUGGGUAAUAUUAUUACGACAACUCGUUCGAUUCAACUUUUAAAAAGUAAUGGGCCGGCAGUGUCCAUAACUGCACUUUUCAUAGUAUACACUUGUUUUAUAACUUUUAUAUGUCAGAGUAGUAUAGGUACCUUCAUAUUUUAUUCCUGAACAAUGCACAAAACUUUAACGUGUUUGGUAUAGUAACUUGUUUACGCUCCUCUUUUGUGUUUUCACUUAAUUUCUCCUCGGAGUCAUGCGAUUUGCCCUUUUUUUUUUUUUGUUAACUUAAAAUAAAAAUACCUACUUCAAUAGUUUUCUAACUAUAAAUAUAUGGCUAUACGUUUUAAUAAAUUUUCAAAGGACAAUAAAGCUCUCGUUUUUUGUUAUUUACUUAAAAAUAAUGUCAAAACCAUAAUAAUAUUAUACACGUCGAAUAAAGGGAAUUUUAUUUUGUAAAUUUUCUUUGUUUCUUUAAUUUACUGUUAUGUAUUAUUUUGACGUUUUUUGUGUAUGGUAUUUUAAUGAACAUAAUAGUAGGUAGUCCAUUAGAAAAAAGUAAAUUGAAAAAAAACGGACGGACCUACUUCAUAUCAUAGGUGAACCUCUGUUAUUGUAGGUGAGAAGUUGGGAAGGUUGAAUAUAGAGACGAAUUUUAUUUAUAUCUGUGCGUAAUGAUUAAUCGUUGAUGGCGAAAAACGAUUCUGAGUGAAACUCGGUCAAUAGUACUGCUUUUUCAACAAUGAGCGUUUUCACGACAACAACGAUUGUUUAAACAAGGUGAAAAGAUUAAAAUAAUAAAAACCUAAUAAUAACAAAAAAAAAAAAAAUAAAAAACUAAACAAAAACGGUGACCAUGACAACCUUAUCUUUAAUAGUUUUUAAUCUAAAGAACCAGUUUUCUAAAGUACUUACUACAGUCAAAAUGUAACAAAAAAAGUCCCUAGUCAUUUUUUGUUAGAAAAGCGAGAUUUCCAGUAGAAAUUGUGUACAAGGUAUAAAAAAAAUAAAAUAAAACAAAUAAACUUCAUUCCUCGCUUUGCUCAGAAACUAAAAAUAUUAUGUGAUGCGAUGAUUUAAAAUUACAUACUUUGAUAAUUCCAAAUUAAGUCCAACAUGAACGUAAUAAUAGUUUAAAAGGAAAUAAAUUACGACAUGUACACGCUUUUCUGUCAAUUAAAUAACUAUAUAAUAUAAGCUUUGUUUAUUUACAAAAAAAAAAAAUGUGAUUUUACGUCUUUUUUUUUUCAAUUGACUUUAAACAAUUGCGUAGAUUUGACGCUCACACUGUUCAUGAUGUACAUGAUUUAAGUACACAUUUUUUGUGACAACAAACUUAAUUUUAAAUUACAACAAAAGCAUUGGUAUUAACGGGAUGUUUCAAUUAAAUAUCACACUAUGUGUGUUACGUUUUCUUUGAAGUACACAAUUAUAUAACAUUAUAAUAUUUUUUUUUCGAAUAAUACAAUAAAAAACUCCAAACGAUCGAGUAAAAAAUGUCAUAGAAAUGUGAUUUUAUAAUUAUUAUACACGACUAAUUGUGAGAAUUUUCUCACGAAUUCUUUUUCAUACGUACAAAUUACCGUACCCAUUCCCCCUAAAUGGGUGUCAUGUAUUGCGUUGGAAAAAUCAUAGGGUAGAACACGAUUGCGUACGGAUUCGUAUUCGACGUUGUCAAAGUUAUAUUCUAUGUACGCUCAAUAAUUGUCUAGUGAAAUAAUUUUGUUUGAACUUCAAAAAAUAGAAUAUUAUUUUAUACCAAUUAAUGAAUAAAAUCAUUGGUAGAAAAUCAAUUAUUUUAUGAUACUUACGUUUGAAUUCCUGAACAUCUAAAACCUUUUACUUUUAAAUGUGUAUAAUAUUAUAGAUGGAACGAAUCCUUUACGCAUACCGGAUCAGGAAACGUUGGAAGAUGUAGCCCAUCGGUUGCACUGGCUGAGACUGUUGGACGGCGGUCAUCAAGCGCCUAAAGACUGCCAGGCCAGGUACAAAAUCGCGAUUAUAGUGCCGUACAGAAACCGACUGUCCAAUCUCUGUACGUUUCUGUUGAACAUGCACCCGUUCCUGACGAAACAACAAUUGGACUAUACCAUUUUUGUAGUAGAACAGUUUAGUAAGUCGAUAUUUUAAUAUGAUUUUAUUUUUUAAACUGCGUCGUCGGUACUUUAUUUAUAGUUUAGUUUUUUUUUUUAACAAUGAUAACAUAAACUCUGAUUUUUACGGUUUAUACGAACCUAAGUUUGAAAAAUCUAAACAUUAUAAAUGUAAAAUAUUGUACAAAAUAGAUGGCAAAAGUCGAUUGUGCACGUUUUACGUACCUAAUUAUACCCCCUCCCCCCCACAAAAAAAAAAUGAACCAAAAUAAAGUCUGUUGAAUUUUAACAUGGCUUUUUUUUUUGAAAAAUGUAUUCAAUUUUAGAUUUUCUCGGUUCAAACCAUCGUUACUAGUUUCAUUACACAUGUUACAGUUAAAACCUAAAAUCUGUUAAAUUUUAAUUAGUCAAAACUAGUCUAGGUGUAUUUAUUAUUUGUACGAGAAAUUUGACUGACCUUCGAGGCAUUGGUUCUUUUCCACUCAGAUAAUGGGAGAAAAUUUGUGAACAGUGUGGAUCACUAAGUUGAUAGCACUAAGGUCCGAGUUAAAAACCGUCCACGGAAAGAUAAAGCCGCGGCAUACGCAAUGACAAGCCGCAUAAUAGCAUCGACGGGCAAAAUUUUGUGAGGUGUGCAAUAAUCAUGCACAACAAAUCGCUGUUUGUGUAAAACAAAUCAAAUCAUAUGCAAUUCCGAAUGGCACGAUAAUUUGCCAUGUCGAGAUAAAUAACAAUACUGAAUUAUCCUGUUUCUGGCAAUGAUAAAUUCCCUAUACUUAUCUUAAUGUGUACUUAUUUCUAUUUUUCCCUAGUCGAAAAUAUGACUGCAAACUAAUUAUUUCUGAAAAUCAGUUUCCACUAGAUAAUUAUAGUUUCCAUCAAUAUAUUUCAGACACAAAUAAUUCUAAUUUUAAAAAAAAAAAUGUAAGUUUAAACAAGACCGUGGAGCGUCUUGGUUAGUUCCAGUUUUAACUAGCAAUAACCGUUUUGACGAAAGGGGUUUUUGCCAUCUAAUUUUAAUGGAUUUCGGGUUUUAACUGUAUAUUUAGUAUAAACACUUACUUUAUUUCAAUUCCACACAUCGUCUCGUUGACAAUAAUUUCGUUGAACUUAUAGACGACGGUCUUUUUAACCGAGCCAUGUUAAUGAACGUCGGCUUCAACGAAGCUUUAAAGUUGCGCAAAUUCGACUGUUUCUUUUUCCACGACGUGGACCUCAUACCGGAAAACUAUGAAAACAUGUACAGUUGUCCAGAUCAACCGAGACACAUGUCGGUGGCUAUCGACAAAUUCAAUUACAGGUAAUCGUCAUUAUACAAACAAAAUAUCUUAGGUGUACGCGAUAAGUUUUAUUAUGACGAAGACGGACAUACUCCGCAUGUGGGUGAACCACUGUUGUAGGUGAGAAGUUAAAUUAAAAAAAACAUUAUCGAAGAAAAUAUAUAAUACAUAUGUAAUUAUUUUACCAUAAUGUGACAUAUAUAUUGUUGACAAAGCAACACUAUUAACCAAACUCUGCUCAGAAUCGUUUUUCGUUAACAAUGUUUAAUCGUUGGAUACAGAUAUACAUCACAUUUUUUUCUCUACCACCUACAUGCGAAGUACGUCUGUCUUUUUUUUUUUAUAGGUGAAUGGGAAUUUUAAGCUAAUAUUUAGAGUAUUUUCGAUCGUUUUAAUCGAGGAACAUUUUAAUCUAGCUCCAUGACCCUAUAUUUUUAACUAAAUCAUCGUCAGACCGACGAACAAUAUUAAAAAUAUUGCGGAGAAAUAUCGCUGCAUUAUUUAUAGUAUUUUGAUUACACUAAACUACUUGUCUACUUACCUAGCUACUAAUUAAUUUGUGUGUAACUGCGUGUUCACCGCCGUAUAAACUUUAUACAAGAAGAUCCUUUUAAAGUAAAUAAUAAUAAAAGUGGUUUUGGCCGAAAGAAAUUCUAACUCUCGUAGGUCGGAUAAUGUUAUACAUACAGACGAAUUAAGCUGGAAAUUCUGAGUUUUCAAAAUUGCUAAUUUUUUUCCCAAAAAAAUAUUAAAUCAUGUUAUGUAUAAUAUUAUUAUAUUUUAGUUAAUUAGAACGAUCCCUUUUAUACGCGAGUUAUAAUAAUUAUAAAGACACCCUCUGCGCAGGCAUAAGCCAUCAUAAAAGGACAAAAUAAUAAAAUCCUACUUUUAUAUGGUAAUUUCCAUAAAUCCGGUAAAAUAUAUGCAUUUUUAUUUUAUUUUUUAUUAUUUUUUUUAAUUGCAUUUUAAAAUAAAAAAUGUUAAAAAAAAAAACUAAUCAACAUUAUAUUAUUAUUAUUACUAUAAGUAAGUAGUAAAAUUACUUCAAUGCAUUUAUAUUUACCCGAGCGUAUAGGUAGCUAUUAGUAUUCGUUAUAAAUUAACUGCGUCUUUUAAUUGUAGGUACCCACUGCCCUUUGACGAUCAAUAAAAGUCGUAUUUUACAAUAAUUUAUACGUUUGAAACUGUGCGUAAACUAAAAUAUAAAGUGUAAACAUGAUUUUGCUCAUUUAAGUUUCUAUAAAUAAUUGUUGUAUGUAUCCCAUAGAGUGCAAUCGAAAUGGCGUGUAAAUAUUUCUGAAUAUGAAAAAAUUAAUAACUAUACCUAAGUACAUGAGAACUUUGACAUUUCUAUUAGUAUACGAGUGUUUCAAGGAAAUUUAAAUAAUGCAAAAAUAACUUUUGUUUUAAUUUAAGUUUUUUUUUGCUAAUAAUAAUUUCUAGAGUUUUGUGCUAUGAUUCUGCUUUUUCAUAUUUUUUUUUUUAAAUAAAAAUAAAAAAUUGCUUUUACAAACUUCAAGAUAGCCAUUUUUUAUAAAUAAUAUUAAAUAUACAUAUUAUAUUUUAAAAAAUAUGUCGGUUUUACAAUAAUUCCAAUUGUUUUCAUUCCCACUAUAAAAUAAUAACAAAUUGGUCGAUUCACCAACAUUUCCAUGAUAAAUAAUUAUUUUGUUCAAAACAUUGUAGAAACUUUGUUUGUUGUUACAAAAUUAAAUUUUUUGUAUUUAGUUAUGACGAAAAUAUGUAAAAAUACAAAAUAGAGGAGUCAUACUCAUAGUAAUUAUUAUAAAAAAAAAAAAAACUAAAAAUAUUGAAUAGAACAAAAGUUGCAUUCGUUAGAUUAUCGCGCACCACUCUAUAUACUAAUUCACAAGACUGGGUAUUAACGAGUUCUGUUUUUUAAUCAAUUUUAACUUUUAACAUUUGAUUAUUUUUGUUUUAAUCCAAAAUGUAGGUGGAGUUUAAAAUAAAUUGUAUUUUAUAUUCUAGGAAUAAACCCCGUUUGUUUUAUAAUGAUCUUCCAUGUUUUCAAAAAAUUACUAACUGGCUUAAACUAUUUUCACUGUAAUAAUAACAAUUUUUCAAAAAAUAUCAACUUAUUUAAGUUAGGUAAACGCACAAUUUAAUUUAUCAACAAAACAAUUAACUUUUUUAAUUAACUUAACAAAACUAAGUUAAUAAUAUUUAAUAAUUCGCAGAACUUGCCUUGCUAAUGCAUAUAAUACAUUUUUUUUUUUUUUGAAAACUAUUAUAUCGAUAACUUUUUUAACUAUUAAGUAUGAUAUUAAUCAAUACCGCUGUUCGAGAUUUUUGUUAGUUAUAAAUUACGAAUAUUCAAAAACAUAAAAUGUAAAUUCGAUUUGAUAAAAAUUAUUCACAUUUUCAAAAUUAUUGAAGAUAACAAUAUGUAUGAAAACUUUGUUAUAUUUAAUACAAGAAUAAUUAUCAUACAUUUUGUUUUUUUUUUUUAGAUUCUGAGUGUAGUGAAGAAUGUAUUGGUUUUACUAAAACGGUUCUUUUUUUUUUUUUAUACUGUGUACAAACAUUCUACCAUAAAUCUUGCUCAGAUAUAUCUGGCACAAUUUCUAUAAAGGAAUGUUGUUUAUAUGGAACUUUUGUGAGGUCAUUUUUUUGGUUUUUCAAGUGGUUUUCAUAAUAUCUGGAAAAAAACCAGGAUACAACGUACAAACCAGGAAAUUUACGAAAAUAAUGCUUUUAUUAUUUUUUAAUUUUGUUAUUUAUUAAAAUUCAGUUAAAAAUAUUCGCAGAGACUUGAAAUUUAGAAGGAAAACUUAUAUUUGCCUUUUCUAAACGUGGUAAAAAUUUUCAAAAAAUUUAAACGAUUUUUGAACUAUUUAUAAAACAUUUUAAUUUUGCGAGUUUUUUCGUUAGCAAUGGUCUAUCUUUGCUUACACAUAUACAUUAAAUUACCUAUUACCUAUGGUAACUGCACCCGACCCCAUUAUUCUAGGCCACCUUUUUUUUGUUGAACCUUUACAAAAUGUUUAAUAUCAAUCAUAAAUAAAUAAACACACACCUCAUGAAUAAUUUACCUGUAUUAUCUGUACAACAAUAAUAACAAGCGUAAAAACGUUGUACCUAACCCACGUAAUCGUUAAAUAAUUUAUAUAAUAUUUUUAAAACGGUUUCCAGCAUCGUUCUUUUUACCGACGUUAAUUCCGAAAUAAUAUUAUGCCUGGUAAAACAAGGCGACCGACGGAUAAAUAGAUUCUCUAAAAGGAAAUAUAAGACUAAAUUCCUAUUAAAAGAAAAGUUAUGCAAUACAGGUUUUUUUUUUUUUUUUUAUUAUUUAAAUGUCUUCAUUAAUUAAAAAAUGUACGGUUCUUUUUUUUUAUAAGUUUGAAAAGGAAUAAAGCAAUAUUUUCUUUAGAUUUUUUCAAUUAACACGGGUACAGUAUCUAUAAAAAAGGCCGCGUGGGCGUAGUGAAUGAAAUUCUUUCACGAUCGGUCGUCGGGUUGGAUUUACGAACAAAUUAUACAAUUGUUUUUAUAGAAUAAACGGUUCGUUCUUCAUAAAUAUUCUAUUAUGUAUUUUCUUAAUAAUUAAACGAAUGGAUGCGCUUAAUAUACGGUACUCAUACGCUUAUAACAUGAACAACGUUAAUCGUUUGUAUAUAUUGUUGGUGAGUUAGUGAGUGUUCGCACUGUGGAAACUCGAAAUUAUAUUUUAGGAACGCGUUUAUUGAAAUAAAUUUUUAAAAAUGUUAACGGGUAAAAAUAAAAAAAAAAAAAAAAAAAAUAAAUAGAUCGGCCGAUUUUCCGGCGGCCGACACGCUUCUCAAUUCGGGUACGACGUACAAUUAUAUCGCGUUCAAACAAAAUGUUGCUCGUUAAAUUAGGCGCCCGUCGUCGUUUCUCCUCGCUUUAUAUAGUACGAAUUCCGCUGGUCGAAAGAUUACUACUUUUCCGAAUGAUCGACCGUCGUCGUUUCUGUAAGUACCCCCAUCCGCAGUACGAUCGUAGGAAAUUGGCCGCGAGAAAAAAAAACAAACACAAUAAUAAUAAUAGGCGGAAAUCAAAUAUACGCGAUGUGUUUGACGAUAAUUUAUAAAGGUAUUAUUCGUAUUUAACAAUAAAAAUAAGAGCGUGUGCGGGGGUGCUCGCACUUGUAUACUGUCAUUUUUUCCGUAUUAUUAUUUUUUUUUUUUUUGCAAUUUCCGGUUGUUUUUUUUCGUAUUAUAUCCCAUUUUCAUAAUUAUUUUGAUUUUAUUACAUAAUUAUGAAUACCGGAUAAUAAAUAUUUAUUAUAAUAUAGGUGAAGGUAUAGUUUUUUUUUUGCACAAUAUAUGUGUAGUUAAACAAAUAUAUAACAGGACUCAAAAUCGGUGACAACUUCGAAAAAAUAAAAAUCUUAUGUAAACAAUAAACAUAUUGAAUCGACUGGUGGUCACUCAAUUAAUAUUUACUUUAGAACAAAACAACUAGAGCGUGGUAAUAAUAUCGAAGUGCCUGAUCCUAUUUUAUUUUCCUUAAUAAAAGCAAUUCCAUUAGUACAUAUUAUGUAUUAUGUAUUACAAUGUUGCACUAGUUGCAUUAGACAGAGUGAAAUUAACUAUUCUUAUUUACUAGACAUUAGUAGAUUAUAUAUUAUGCGCGUGUAUAGAUACAAACAAGGUUACAAUCAAGGCUAUCCCGGAAGACAUCAACGGAGGAGUGAAAUUCAUCAAUUUGCUGGUUCUGAAAAAUUAAUUAUUAGUACUUACUCCCCUGUAAAUCUCCAUUUUAGCCGGGAAAAAAAAGUUCAUUGUGUAUUUUUAUACACUAUGAUCACACUAAGCGUAAAAAAAUGUGCCGGCCGGCAACAUUCAUGGGGGUGGGGAUGGGUUAGACGAUAAAUUCUCUGGAAUAGUCCUGCUUACAAUAAUUAUGCAUAAUUAUAUUUUACAAUAGGUAUUAAAUAUAAUUUUACAUUUUACAUCAAAAUUAUAAAUAUAUUCGUCAAAAUGAUAAAAACAUAUUUCCUUAAUAAUUGCCUAAUAAUAUUUUAUUUGUAACAAGAUUGAAAACAUAUUCCUAAAAUAAUUUUCUUUAAAUAUCUUCCGUUGAAAUUAUUUGAAAAUAUGUUUAAAAUAAUUUAGUCGAAAUUUUCAUAUUUAUGCCAAAAAAAUAUUUUGUAAAUAUAAUCAUCACCAAAACGCUGUGUCGGAAGUCUGCUUAAUACACAUGUAAUGAAUAUUAUGAUUCCGGAAGAAAUACAUUAAGCAUAAAGACACACUCAACAUUUAUCUGUAGAUGAAAUGUGAAUGGAACAGUGGCGUAUUUAGGAUUAUUUCAAGAGAGGAUGGAUAUUAUUUCAUAUUACUGUAUAACGAUGGCUUUGAAAUGUAAAGAUUAAAAGGAAGUAAUUAUUUUGUAUACUUUUAUUUGUAUAAGACGAAUAUUAUACAAUAUUUACCUGAUAUAUUUUUAUCUCACUUUUCGUAUAGCAUUUAACAUGGAACUUUGGUAUGAUAAAGAAACGCUGAUUUUUUUAGACUUAGCAUAGAAAUACUUUAGAUAAAGGUUUACAUAAAACUAGUUUAAAUUAUAGAUUAAAAAAGGUAAAAACCAUUUUGAGGGGAGAGAUAUCUGACCGUAAAACCGGUAAACUGCCAUACUAAACCGUAAAAAGUGUAUAUGCCUCACUUUAGAUGGGAACUAAAUCAACUAUUGGAACUGAGAGAUGCGUAAAAUUAAAUUUUUUGUUAAAUUUAUAUCUGGCUUUUUUUAUUUCAAUCACCUAAACUGGGCAACGUCGGUUGAUGACAGCAUCAAGUACACUAGUUUUAAUAAUAUAUUAUUGAUUUUAACUACACAGGCUGCCGUACGUUGAUCUGUUCGGUGGCGUGAUUGGUAUGAGCAGAGCGCAUUUCCAGUUGGUUAACGGGUUCAGCAACAUGUUCUGGGGAUGGGGUGGCGAAGACGACGACAUGGCAUCCCGAGUCAAGGCACACGACCUCAACAUCACCAGAUAUCGACCGAACGUGGCCCGGUAUCACAUGUUAACGCACGUCAAACAAAAGGCUAACCCGAAAAGGUCGGUAAACGAAUUUUUUUUUUUAUAAGUAAACAAAUCUAUAGUCUAUACAAUUAUGUAUAACGAUUAGGUUUGAUAAUUGAUAAACAUAAUAAAUAAUAAUAAUUCUCGUGAUUAGGGAGGUUACCCAGUGGUAACACCCAAUAAAGUGAAACGAACUUACAGAACUAUUCCGAACAAAUUGUCGUUUAGUGUUUAUUAGCAAACAUUUAAGGCUUAUAAAAUGUCUUGAAAAAGCUGGCCAAAAUGCAUUACAUUGAAAUUAUAAUAAAAAAAAAAGACAUAUUAUAGGAAAUCACGGCUCAAAGUUGAAAUUCCCAAAAGGCACAUGCUUGACAUUUACGCAAUAUGACCUCCACAGGUUCAUUUAAAGGUACGGGGGUCUGUUAGAGGUGUUCAAAGCUAAAAUUUACUCCUACCACAAUAUCAUUCUGUAUUGAAAUUUGACUCCAAUGACAUCACUUUAAACCACUUAUAUACAACAAAUUCGGGAAUAAGAAUUUGAAGUUAUUUGGUUCAGAGGUCAAACGAAAGACGAACAAUAAUACAGUGCAUAAUUAUCUCUAUUUUUGGAAAAAAUUUAACAAAAAGGAAAAAUUAACUGAAAACAGGGAAAAAAAACCCUAAAAUAUGUAUGCGUUUAUAUUGCAGAUUUAAUGUUGAAUAGUGAAAUUAAUUUAUUGUUCAUCCAGUCAAAUCAAAUUCGUUUUUUAUGAAUAUUAAAGAAAGCAAACCUGUAGCCAUUAUUUUUUUUUUUUUCAAAAUUAUUUUGUUUUUUGUAAUUUACAAUUUUUUCCAAGUACCUACUUACGACUAAACUGUAGAACAAAAAUGUUAAAAUAUUAUAGAGGUAUAACCGUUGCAAUUUAUCGUACAUGGUACACCCGAAUAAAAUGAAAAAGUAAAACGUAUCCCAUAAUAGUAUAAGCAUUAUAAGUACCGCGUUUAAUUAAAUAUAAAAACGUACCUAACGUAUACAAUUAAAAGAAAUAAAAAAAUGUUUUAAUACUCUAUUACGCGCGUAUAUUCAUUUUAAUAAAAAAAAAAAAAAAAAAACAAAAAAAAAAUUACCGUUGGAACCCUUGUUUGUAAGUCAUAAAUGCCACUAAGUUUGAACUUAGUUUACAUUUGUCUGUAUACGAAUAAAGGGUUGUCUACCCGUCACAUCACUACCACAACAAUUAUUAUUAUUAUAGCACACAAUGGCCCACCGUCAGUGUAUUAUAAGGGUGUUUCACGCCCUAAUAAACGGGGUAGUAUAAUACAAAUAUAAAUUUAAAAAAAAGUGUAGAAACUACAAUAUAAUAUUAUAAUAUAUAGCAUUUCUAAACUGUCCUGUGCAGUUGAAACGAGGUUUUUUGGCGAAUACAGGUAUUAUGGACAGGAAGAAUAUCGAAAAAAAUCCAUCUAAGGAAAUAUUUCGAUCGCCGACUCCCUUCUUGCCUUUUACUUAGCGGGUAUAAUUCGUACAUCGCUUUUAUUCCUGCAGAUUUGAAUAAUUAUUGUAUUUUUUUUUUAGAAUUAACAAUUGUCGGUUGGUAUAAUAGGCAAUUUAUUUUUAUGUUGGCGGAUAAUUUAUUUUAUUGGAACGUUUUUUGCUUCUUUUUUUAUUCCGUCUCUUUACACACACACAUACACACGUACACACACUUAGAUUUUUUUCAAUUUGAUCGUUUCUAAGGCAACAGGUGCGUGACGAUGACUGCCGGGAAACGUUAAAAGUGAUCGCGUUUAAUACAUUUUUUUUUUUUUUCCUAAGCCAACUAUUGCUGCUUCCUUAGCAGACGGUUCCAAAAGGUGACUAAUAUACAAUAAUAUUAUAUUAUAGCGGUACAUUUUUCUCUAACGGUUAAAAACAGUUUGUGCGUUUUCGUACCCUUCUUGCAGGUAUUCCUCGAAUUUCCGCGUGUUGAUUCUAAGUCGUCUAAUGUAUUUUUCCAAAAAAAAUAUUAGUAAAUAUUUAAUCGAAAUUUAUAGUUGGUUGAAUCUGCUAAUCUACAAAAAUAUUGGUCGCAGUCAAAACAGAAAUUGCGUAAAACCGUUUAAAUAUUUUAAAUUGUGACGUCCUCAAAUGGUAAUAUGAAAUAUUUCAGCCGAAUAGACUUCGAUCUAAAUGAAAUUUUUUUUAGGAAAAAAAAUACUCAUUUUAAGCCAGUUUUAAAAUUUUAACCCUCUCACGAUGGCGUGCGCAAUCCGUCGUACAAUAAAACUAACAUUUUUUUUUUUAACUGGAAUCGCCUAUUUUCAGUACCGGCUAGAUUCGAAUAUACAUUUUUUCUUUAUCUCUGUCUGGUGAGAUUAUGUCAGGUUAUAAUAUAUGCCGUCUAUAGUUUAAAAAAUAUGAAUUUUUCUCUUUAAAACUCACGUUAUUAUAUACUUUCGUGUUUACAGAGAAUUUUUUUUCCCAUUAAACAUUAAUCAAAUUUUUUACUUCCAGUCCCGAAUUAAUUAAUUUAAAACAAAUAUUGUGUAUAUUUUCUACCAUGGUAUUAAUAUCGUUUAUUAUAAGUCUUAUAUAUAAUGUUUAUACCGUUCGUUAAUUUCUUCAAUUUUUUUUAACGCGUUAUUUGAUAUUAUAUAUAGUGGUUUAACGAACGAAUAAUGCAUUUUUUUUUUGUUUUUUAGAAUAUCUCUGUAUAUUUAUAUAAUAUUGGGUUAUAAGGGAGAAUAUAUUUGCACAAAUAAGUAGGUUAAUUCUAUAAUCUUUCUAAAAAGUGUUAAAAAGUUUUGAAGUCUGUAUUAAUUAAGUUUGCGUGCUGGCAUUGGUAGAUGGUAUCUUAAAAACAAUUUGUUUCCACUCGUAAAAUCUAAAUAAACAUUGCAUUUGUUACAAUGCACAAUGUACAACGUAAUCCAUUUAUAUCAUCUAAAACUGAACAUGAAGUUUAUUACCCUUCCUUGCGCCUUCUGUCAAAAUGUUAAACUACCAUAACUCAUAAACGGCAAAUCCAAUAUUACUGUUAUGCAUAUCAACACUUUUAGAAAAAUAUUCUCUUUACGUAUUUGUGUUUAAAUAUGGGGUGUGCUAUUUUAAAAUUAAAAAGGCAUACUUACUUAGAUUUUCAGUUAUAUGCGAUCGGGAUACAAAUUGAAAUUAGUGUUAUUAGUGAAAUGGAAAUCAAAUCCAUUUAAAAUCCUCCGCUUUUUCAUAAUAAUUGGAUCUCUCUGUAUAAUAAUAAUUAGUCACAAUAUUUCUUAUUAAAAAUUAAUUUUAAGUAGAUUAAGACGAAUACCGUUUGGUAUACCGUUCAAUACCAAUUAGGGUAAACAUCUAAAUAUUGGGCAUAUCACGCUGUUGCAUCCCAGUAUCUUAAUCAGUCCUUCACGUAGUGAUAUCAAAUUCAAGUUAUUAUUUAUUAAAACAAAUAAAGAAGAAAUAUGAGCGAGGUACGCGUAUCAAAAAAACUGUCUAUCUAUUUAUCUAACUUUUAUUUUAUCACGAUCAAAUCAUGGUAAACACCACACGUUCGUUGUAGUUACCUAGUGUUGUUAUGAACCCUGAUUUUUAAGGUCGACCGGAACCAAAUCGAACUUUUAAAAUAUAUUUUUAUCGAACAUUAAAAAGUAAAAAGGUUAUCGCGUAGUUUGAUGGUAGAAAUUGUAUAUUUGUAUGGAAUUAAAAAAAUAAAGUAGAAUAAAAUUAUAAUACGACACCCAAUAAUGUGAAAAAAAAAAUAGGAUUUUUCUUUUUCGUAACAAGGCCGCCUUAUCCCGACAAAACACCGUAUUGGUAACCUCGCUAAAUCGGCAUUGAAUAAUUUUCGAACCCAACUAUUGGUAUUUGGUGUGGUUCGAUUUUUUGCAAUUUACUGUUCGAUUUUUGAACAGCUUGUAACAUCUCUGGUAUUUUUAAAUUUUAAAUACGACAGAUACGUUUUCUGUUGGUUUCAAUGGGUUUCACUCUUCUCUGACUGUACAGCGAUAUAGAAGUCAAAACAGUCACUCUUUUAGAAGGUCACGAAAAAAAAACCCAGAUCUUAGUCUAUAUCCGGUUAAAGUGUUUAGUGUUGCGUACACGUGGAACACCUGUAAAUAGUAUAUCAGUAUUCAGUGCCUAUUUAAUAAAAUGUUCAUCAGUAUUAUUUGUUUUAAAUUUUAUUUAACGUCUUUGAGGGUGAUAAGCAAUUGCCUGAAAACGAUAAUAAAUUAUUACGAUGUCGAUAACGUGACCAUAUUAACAUACUGCACACGAAAUAUAAAAUCCUACCCGACGUGAUUUUGCAUAACAAAUCGGUUUAUAUUCGAUUAAUUUUCUCCAUUCAAUUGCUUCGCUUUGUUCGGGGCACCAGACAAAUCCAUUUUGCAUUUAUAGUAACACCUACUUAUAACGGAAUUACUCGGUACCGACUGAUUUUUCCGUUAUAGAGGAGUUUCCGUUAGAGGGCGAUUAAAAUAUACGAGAUAUAAUAGGUUACUGAGAACUAAUGGAAAUUUCCUCCUUACAGAGGGGGUCUGAGGGAGUUGAGGAGGUUUUACUGUAACUAUUGUAGUAAGUAUUAAUUUAUUAUUCGAAUAUAGGUGUAAAGUAUACGCUUUCGGGCGGUUAACGUUUGUUUUUAUCGUUAUAUGUCUUAUAAUUUUCGGACUGCUCUGUACCAUGUUUUCGACUAUAACCUGAACGGUCUUAGAAGAUAAGGUCGGGCCAUUUCCCCCUGCCAGCCCACUGGCAAUGUUCCGCUUAAAAUAAUCUAAUGAGUAAUUAAUAUUACCUUGAUAGAUUAAAAAAAAAAAAAAAUGUAUAAUAAUUACAAAUAUGAUGUGAAAUAAAAUCACGACCGAUAAAAAUUAUGGACCAUAAAAUAUAUUAAAAUCUGUCACGUCGUACAUAAUAUAUACGCUAUUGUAGUUGACACGAACGAUACGUUAUCAUAAUAAAGUCUUCUUAUUGUCCUCCGCCUUUUUCCCGCGCCAGUAACUUUUAUAGUAAUUUAUUAUAGCCACAAAAUCGUUAUUAUAUCGAGAUAACCGAUACCUAUAUAUAUUUACUUUUCGUGACCGAAUCUUACUUUAUCUAAGUUUAUUCUUUUAUCUUUCUCCGACAACGAUUACUUUCUAUUAUAUAUACUGAGUGUAUAAGUGCUUUCCGAAAUGCUGAGGAUAUUUUUACUGAGGGGGGAGGUGAGAAAACCGUUUUUGUUGGACGUAUGUGCGAAAGUUUGCUUUAGGGCCGAAAGACGUCCGUGUAUAAUUUAUAAUAAUAUACAGUGUACUUUACUGGCGAAUGGUGACACGAAAUAUUUCAGCCAGAUGAACUUAGGUGGAGGUGAAAUUUUUCCUUUAGGGGAUACAGUAAAACAAAUUUUGAACCGAAUGUCAACGUCCAAGUAUUAAAUUUUAAAUGUGAUGGACAGUUUGACUCUUCUGAAAUUUUGUUCGAAAAAACUUAUUAUGAUUAGUACAAAGAUGAAAUAAAUAAAACAUAUAAAUUACACAUUGACAUAAUACUAAAUACAUUUUUCGAAAAAUUGAAAAAAAAAAAUCAUAUUUGUCUUGUACAGUCAUAUCUAAGACAAUAUUUGAGACAGAUAAAACUAUUAUUGUUCGAGUCAAAGGUUCAGUUUGAACAAAAUGAAACUGUUCGCGAAUCUGUAGCUAAAACUAUUGGUGUGAACAAAAUUGAAAAUUUGAGUUUCGGAAUUAAAUUUAUGAAAACUGGCUAAACAUUAUGUAUUUAGCAUUCCAGAAGAAAUAUACUCAAACUGAUUUUUUAACUCCUUCAGGCUAAAGUAAUUGUUUGUGUUACCGAGUAAUGAACGGUAGGUACACUGUAUAAUAUACGAGUUUACUGCAAGAUUGCAGAACAUUAACGAGUUCAAAAGUUAUAAGUCAAGUUAAUUUUAACUUUUCACCUUUAGGUACUACCGUUGUAUAAAUAAUAAUUAUCUUCUUAUCUUAGUAUGUACGUGGAUUUUUGAGGAAUAUUCCUGACUCACGUGUUUAAAAUUACUCAUCCUUGUAGUUGCGUAUUUAGGAUUUAGCCAAGGAGGGAUUUAUAGAAUAAUGAAAUUAAAUCAUAUUAUUUAUGUGAAAUCUAGAUGCGCGCCAAAUCCGAUACACUUUUACAACUUUUGACAUUUUGUUUUAUUUUGUUUUAAUGAACAAAAUGAACUGUUUUACUAUGAUUUUCCUAUGAUGUGUAUUUUUUUUUCGUUGUCUGUAAACAACUUUUCUAAAAGAAAUCUUGCUCCGAUGUAUACAUGUAUUUGUAGCACUUUUUCUGUAAGAAAAUUUGAAAAGAAAUCUACAGGUAAAACAACAAAUGUUUACGGUGCGUCGCAGCGUUCCUGAUUUCGUUGUUUUUAAUUUUGAAAAAUAUGUUUUCAACCAGAAAUAUUGCUUUAGUCAAUAAAUUCGAAGAAAUCGUUUUUGUUGAAUUUUGGAUCGUAAUAAUCUUAUAAAAAGUCGUUUAUUGAUUUGCCCAGCAGUUUUUAUAAUAAUUGAGAAAACCGGAAAAAUAUGAUAAUUUAAAAUUAAUACAAUAACGGCGAUAGCAUUUCUUUAUUUUACAUUUGUACGGCUUAUGUUUACAAAAAACUUAAAAUUGCUUUUUCCUGACGUGGUAAAAUUUUCAAAACAUUUAAGCCAUUUUAAAGUUAUUUAUAGAUAUUUAAACUUUGUUACAUUUUUACGUAACUUUUAUUCGGUUAGUACUUUGUGGAUAAAACUGUUAAUCCAAACAGAAAAGUUUGGACAUUUUAUCAGGAGGUUUAUUAUAAGUCGUACUUUGUGUUGAAAAAAAUAAAUAGUGUAAUGCAGAAAUGUGGAAUUUUUUUUUAUAAGAAUUUUAAUAUCAUACGCUGACGAAAAUUACGUUUAAAUUGAAUCGUUUUUCGUUAGCAAUGGUUUAUCAUUUCUACAGGGUACCUUAUUAGAAAUAACUUUAUUAUGUGUCCUAACAUCCCGGUUUCUCACCUAAAACAUGGGCGCGCCCGUCCCCAGUAUGAGCAAUUUUUUUUUUUGUUUUAUCGAUAGACAAUAAUGUUCUCGAUUGCAACACGUAUCUUUAUCUAGAUACUAAAAAGUUUAUCUUAAUAAAACAAUGGCCCUUGCGCGAUAAUACAACCGGACUGCAUAAUGUAAUAUUAUAUGGGUGUGCGUUUGUGUUUAUACAGGUACGAAAAGUUGUUCAGUGGCCGGAAACGUUUCAAAACCGACGGGCUCAACAACCUCGAGUACCGUGUAAAGUCGCUGAAACGGUUGCCUCUGUUCACGUACCUGCUGGUCGACCUGACGGGCAGACAGAGUUGA